CUGCCCAUAAAAUUAAGUUAUAAGCACUCUUGGAAGAAAAAAAUGUCUCAUAAGCGCAUUGCAAUGGCUUAUGCAUAUUACUCUCCGCCUCCACCUACUAUGCCGGUGAAUAAUCCGAAACCGCCACCUCCGGCGGUGGCAGCACCUAUAACCCCACCUCCAAAUUUAACUCCUUCCGGAGGUGGUAAUAAUAUGUCACCUUCAAACCCACCCACACCACCAACAUUGCCACCACCAUUAUUUCCUUCGCCUCCAUCAAGUUCAAAUCCUGGAUCAACCAAUGCUCCUCCUCCUAGUCCUCCACCAUCACCACAAACUCCGAGUUCACCACCAAACACUUCAAGAAGUCCUCUUUCACCCCCACAAACUCCGAGUUCACCACCGAACUCUUCCAAAAGUCCUAUUUCACCUCCACAAACUCCGACUUCACCACCAAACACUGCAAAAAGUCCUCUUGCACCCCCACAAACUCCGAGUUCACCACCAAACUCUUCCAGAAGUCCAAUUUCACCUCCACAAGCUCCGAGUUCACCUCCAAACUCUUCAAAAAGUCCUAUUUCACCUCCACAAGCUCCGAGUUCACCACCAAGCUCUUCCAAAAGUCCCAUUUCACCUCCACAAACUCCGAGUUCACCACCAAACUCUUCCAAAAGUCCCAUUUCACCUCCACAAACUCCGAGUUCACCACCCAACAAUUCCAAGAUUCCGCCCUCACCAACUUCUUCACCAUCAAAUGCCGCACAAUCUCCAACUUCAUCUCCAGGACCACCACCUUCUAUGCCACCAAAAAACUCACAAUCGCCAAGGUUGGCACCGUCACCACUAGAUGGUGGUAAAGUUCCUUCGCCCUCACCAUCAACCCCCUAUUCAAAACUAAGUCCACCUCCAUCAGCAUUAACACCACUUCCCUCACCAACUUUUCCUUCAAGUACCUUUCCUCCUCCACCAUCAAGUAAUAGUAUUGAUGUUGCCCCACCUUCAGGGGGAGGCGGAAAACACACUACAAUUAUCGCUGUAGGUGUAUCAAUCGGGGGUCUUUUCUUCAUAGCAUUUGCUAUUGCUCUCUUUUACUUAUAUAAGAAGAAAAAGAAGCGUGUCAUGGUUCCAGCUGCAGCUUCUUGUUGAUAUAUAUAAUGCCGAUACAUAAAGCUACGACUCUUUUAUUAUUUGAUUGUUAAUAUUUGUAUCUUGUACCCCUUUUCUUCUAAUAAAGAUGUUAUUUGUGUAAA